AGUACGAUUUUAUUAAGUACGAAUGCGAGUACGAAAAUAGUUGAGACCGAAACCACCUUUGAAGAGUACUCCAGUAUUUGUUUAAAGAUGGCGGCCAAGCAAUCAGUGGAUCCAAGAUUUGCCGAACGACUCUUCGUGCAUAGUCAAACGAGGAUUCCACAGUACUCCAGGACACAUGGCCAAGUACCAAGGCUAUAUACACAAGAAUGGAAGACUGACAUGAAAAACAGAGAACUUAUUAUCAAGAAUGCAGAGCUUGGUGGAGUACCUCACUAUGAGCAUGAUGAAAACUUAUUUCUCGAUAAACGUGAACAGAUGCAUUACAAUGUGGAAAACAGAAAUCGUGUAGACAGGAAAUGUAAGAUGCCAGAUAGAGAACUGCUUCUACGCCCGCCAUUUCAUCAUGAAACCUCGAGAUAUCAGAGUGAAUUGAUGUUCAGACGUGACAUGUAGUUCAAUUUCAUAAUCUAACUUUUCUAACGUAACAGCUGCUCAGUCUAAAUGUUAUUUUGUUUUGGUUGUAAGCACAUUGCUCAUCUUGUUUUUAUUGUUAUUGAAUCAGAUAUAGUUAAUUUCUUGUUAUGUUUGUUCAGAUUUUUUAAAGUUUAUAACUAAUAUAUAUCUAUUGUGUACAAUCUAAACUUAAUCUUUACAUGUUGUUAAUUUAAUUUUCUAAAGUUUUAUUUCAUUGGAAUAAUACAAAUUUAUAUACAUUUUGUUAUGGAUGGGAAUAGAUUUUCAGAGAAAUCCUCAUCCCUUUUUCUUUGCAAUACAACAGUAUUAUGUUUCAUAUUUACAACUUCAACAGUAUUAAAGAUUGAUUUUUAUAUUUAUAUACUAACUUUUAUAUCU